GGCGACGUGGUGUAGUACAAGUUGUUUUUGUGAUUUCAUCAUUUAAGAGUACAUAAUCGGAGUCCGUACGAGCAAAACCUUAGUUUACUGGGCUGCGUAGCCGAUAAGGGAGUAUCUGAAACGUGAGAUAAAUUGUACAAGUAUGAAUUACAAUCAUUCGAACGCACGCCGAGGAAAACCAAAGAGAUUAUUAGAUCCAUCGGCUGGUUUAUCUGCACCAAUUCCUCCGAUGGCACAGAAUCCAUAUAUGUAUAAUCAACAGGUACCCAUGAAUAAUGGUUCGAAUAACUCAGAAUAUGGCUUCAAUAUUCCUGGACAGGGACCCCACUAUGGAAUCAAUCCGCAGAUGACAAAUUAUCCACCCGGCGAUAACCGAGGGGGAUCAGAGACUACGUUUAUGAAUCCACAAUUUGCAACCCAAUUUUUGGCUCAGCCAGUUGUCACAGAUAUGGCUGUACAAUAUGGAAAUGCGUUGGUUGGUACUGGAAAACAACAUUUUGAAAAGUUUGUGCCAGUUACAGCAUUGAAGUAUUACUUUGCUGUAAAUACUAAUUACGUCUUCGCUAAAUUAAUGUUGUUGUUCUUCCCAUUUUCACAUAAGGAUUGGUCUGUGAAAUAUGAACAAGAUGUACCAUUGCAACCGCGUUAUGAGAUUAACGCACCAGAUAUGUAUAUUCCAACAAUGGCGUUUUUCACAUACGUUGCUACGGCAGGAUUAGUUUUAGGCAUGCAGGGACGUUUCACUCACGAACAACUAGGUAUAUUAGCUAGCUCCGCUCUCGCUUGGGGUGUGUUCGAAUUGGUCGUUCAUACCGUGAGUUUGUACGUAAUGAAUCUCCAAACGAGUCUAGCAACAUUAGACUUGCUGGCAUACUGCGGUUAUAAAUACGUUGGUAUUAAUGCGUCUCUAUUGAUAUCAUUGCUAUUUCGGAAAUUUGGCUACUUUGUGAUGCUACUGUACUUCAGUGUUUCCUUAGGUAUCUUUCUAAUGCGAUCUCUAAAAUUAAGAGUCAUUCCACAAGGCCAUUCGUACACGGCCUCUGGUAAUAAAAGGCGGCUUUACUUCAUAUUGUCCUUGGCUUGUGUGCAACCUCUUCUAAUGUGGUGGUUGUCAUAUUAUCUAGUUUAAGUAAUAAGCACACAAAGUUUAUAAAACAGCGAGAGGAAAAAAAGAAAAGAAAAUGUGUAUAUUUAUUAUUUGGUUACUAAUGUCACCUGUACAUUUUUUGUAAUAAAAUCUCAUAUACGAUUACAUUAUCA